CUCUAAGGAAAUGCGCUCAGUGUUUUGUUUAUGUACAGAAGCAGCAGAGUCUAGUAGCAAUACUCCCUAGGCUAUUACUGGCAAAUUCCAUUAACAUGCUCCAUUCUAUGGCCCAUAAUCUGGCCUAUUUCUGACAAAAUUUAUGUAUUCUUUCUGUAUUUCUAUCCUAAUUGGUUGCUAUCCUCCUUGUCUAGUAGAAGUCAGAUGGGAAACUAAAUAUUUUUUUCCGGUUGGUGUUACAAUCUCAGCCUUGCAUCAUGGUGCAGAGUUGUGGAGGGAAAUGCGAGUAGACUCUUGGAUUCUACCACAUAAAAUUGUCAAUCAUUUAAGUCAUGUAACUAACACUCUGAUAAUCAUCUCCUACUCGAUAGACUAAAUACCUAGUUCUUACGCCCUCACCCUUGACCUCCAUUGAUACUCCUUCAUUCUGCUACAUGUUCGAAUGAUGCCCGU